GCUAAUUAUUAUUUUUUCGGAUUUUACGGCUAUGGUUACCGGAAGUUGACGCUGCAUGUUCCAGGGGGUUGGUCUGUUACCAGUUAUAUAAAGGUUCAUUGGGCCCGACUUGCAACCAUGCUGCAGUGUGCAGGAUACCCGGAAGCAGAUACUAGAUUUGACGAGUUCUUUGAAAGACUGUUGGCUGGAUACACCGAUAUACCUGACCGCUCAGAUAUUAACGAUGAUGAUGGCUAUCGGAAUUUAAAGUCCAGAAUGUUGAUCACCAACCCAAGCGAAUUGGAGUUCCAUUGGAAACCAUCUUGGUUGGAGCUGAAGGCCAAGGUGGAUACAAAGUUUGAGAAGUUUAUUAGGGAAGUUGAACACGAAGCGAAAUUUCCCGGGAUCUCCAAACCACCUGAACGCAUUGAUCUUGAAGAAAUAUUGAAUCAUACAUCACCUGAGAUGCGUAUCCAUGAUUGUCAACAUACUACUGUGAUGGAUUUACUCAAUGAAGCCAGGGUGAAACGUGAACAGUCCAAACUAUGUAAGACCGAGGAGAAUGCAGCUUUUGUCGCUCCUAAUUCUCAUCCCGCUGUUAUGGAGCAGGCAGGACGAGAUUCAGAGAGAAAUCGGGCACAAAAGAAAGCAAAACGAUCGUCUAAUAAAGCUCUAUCUCGCGUUGUCGAUCGAACUGAAUGUGCUUCAACAUGGCCAGGCGCUGAGCACGGAUUAUUCUGCCUUCUACGUGGAUUCCUUACCCUCGGGGGCGAACGACGUCGCCUCACCACAGCUCAACUCUGCGAAUAUGUACGGGAGUGGCAGACCCAGAAUGGCGCCAAACUUCAGCGUCUCGGUGGAGCUUGGGGCUGGAUAAGCCGGACCGAAGAUUGGUCGGCCAUCACACCAUACGCGCUGCAGUUUCUAACAGCCGAAGCUGUUCCUGCCAAUCUGACUGGACUGUCUUCUCCCGGAGUCGUCCGUCACUCCUCUCGUCGGCUCACUUGUCCUCGACCCUUUGUGGACUCAAAACCUCGUGUGCAUCAGUGGUCUUGGCUCUUGGCCCCACCUCCCCCAAAUACAUCCACAGCCGAUUCCCAACUGGCUGAGAAGUUCGACCUGGAACUCAAAGAGCUAAGUGAUAUGUUCACCGAAUGGCUUCGCGCCCCACGCGGUCUCGGUGGGCUGGCUGACGCAGAGUGGAUGGCUAGCUCGUCCGUGGCUGCAACGGGUGUCGCCGGCCGUCGUAAGAGCAGUUCCAAGGUGGAAAAGAGUUCCGGUUCGGCGGAUGAGCAGUCCAAAGAAAGCGAUGACUCUGGACGUCUGCAAAUCAUUGGUGCCACAUCGGACUCGGACAGUGAGGAACCGGACCAUAAACGUGAUCGCAAGUCGAAAAGUGCGGGAAAGCGCCGCCCACAUGUGACCACUACGGUGUUGGAUGACACAGUCCCUCUACCCCUUAGUCCAACCACAUGGAAGCUUCAACCGUUCACUCCUGAGCAAAAGCGGCUUUUUCAGCAACAGGAAGCUGAUCGCUUUCUCCGCCCUUGGCUUCCCUUCGUUUACCAUAUUCAAGACUAUACCUGUGUGGUUGGCCCUCUGCGCUCAGCUUCCACCAUUGCUGAUCAGCGUUCCACAUCGGUCCAGCCCGGAUCACAAGCAAGAGCACGUGACCAUCCGCUUCUGCGUCCCGACCGUCCGAUUCAUGUGAGCUUGGCAGAAAUUGUACGCGAUGCUGUUGCUUGCUUGCCCAACGGAGAGGGUACGCGAGCGGACAUCACAGUACUGGUCCAAAACAGCGGAUAUCUCCUUCCCACGGUGAAUCAUCGCAAGCUUCAACAGUGCGUCAGCUCGGCGCUGGAUCGCUUGCAAGGCGAAGCUGCGGACCCAUCAGUGUAUUAUAACGCGGCUCGCCGUGUGUGGGUGUAUCGUCACAGAAACAGAACGCCAGAGGAGUUCGCCGCGCUGCAUGAAGCCCGUUGCGCGGUGAAUGAAGCGAAAAAGUCCCUUCAGCGUGGUGAGGUUUGCACUGGCACAUCGACCAAGUCUCACAGUGGUUCAUUGCAGCUACAUCCCCACGACUCCGAAUACCCACGCAUUCCCUAUGGGACGAGUGCCCGUGCAAGAAUACCGCCGCAAGAUGACCACAGUCUUUUGCAGAGGCAUCUCGGGAUACAUCGAUCUGACAUGGGGCAUUUGUACCAGUCGGACGAAGACGCACAGUCGGACUUACACAUUCCAGAUAUUGAAGAGUUGGAGGCCGCUGAUAUGAUGAGGCAAGCUCGGGGGGAGCUUUCCGACUACUCUGAACAAUAUUCAUCAUAUGAUGAUGAGGAGAUUGAUCAAAAUGAUGAUUAUGGUGACGAUGCGGACUCUGUCUCGAGAUACAUGCCUGAGGGAUUGUCGCAGGACGGUCGUAUAAAACGAUCAGCAUCCGAAGAGGAUUAUUUGUAUCCUUCUUCAUUUGAACGAAUUCCAUUGAAACACUGUCGGGAGUCAACGCAGCAGGCCAGACAGCCACAAACAUUUCAGAUUCAAUCUCCACAGCAUUAUUUACAGAAUGAGGAAAACUUUUUAGAAUUGCAUAAAUCCAUCCGCAGAUAACAUUCGUGGUUCAUCUUUACUGUAUUGCCACUGUUACUGCACAUAACCCGUGGAACAUUGUCUUGUUCUUACUCUACAUAUAUAUAUUCAUCCGCCUUCAUUUCUAUACAUUUUUCCUGACCAGCUUUCUCAGCUUAUAAAAAUAAAGGAAUCUAGCCUA